AUGUAUGGUUCAGAUCCCAGUUCCGAUCCCAGUGUCCCUGUGAAUCUGCCUGUGAUUCGGCAGCACGAGCAGAAGGUUCAGCAGGAGCCGUUCAGAUUUGACCCCCAACAACAACAACAACAGCUGCAGCAGCAGCAGCAGGGCCGACGAAUAGGAGGCUUCCAAACAGAACCUUUGAAGCAGAUACAACAACCACAGCAGCAGCAGCAGCAGCAGCAGCAGCAAAAGCGAGCGUACAACCGAAAGGAAACCGAACCUGGGCUAGAUAAGUUCCUGAACGACCCCCAAGGGCUUCGUGAACGCGCCCUUGGUCCGCUCCUCGAUUGGGCCCUGCAGGCCAUUCCAAACCCGGCCGCCCGGGCUGCCACGCCUGUGUUCCUCUUCGCUACAGCCGGGUUGAGGAAGCUUCCUGUUGAGGAGUCUGAGUGGGUUCUGGAGGAAGUGAGAGAGGUUCUGAGUGGUUCAGGGUAUUGGUUUAAGAGGGAAUGGGUUAGGAUAAUUUCAGGGGUGGAUGAGGCAGUUUAUGGGUGGAUUGCGCUGAAUUAUGUUGCAGGACGGUUUGCAGGAGUGGAGAGCGGUGAGAGGAGGAGAUUGGUGGGUGGAGAGGGGUUAUUGGAGGGGGGUGCAGAGGGGAAGGGGGAGAAGGAGGGGCAGAGAGAAGGGGAGAGGCAGCAAGAGGAGGAGGAGAGGGAUGCGAAUGGGGCAGAGAGUGAAGGGAACGCGGGGAGGAGGCUGUUGCAGCAGGAAGGGCGGCUGGAAGGGUGGCAGGAAGGGCGGCAAGAGGGGCAACAGGAGCGGAAGGAGGUGGAGGAGGAAAGGCGGAUGAAAGGGUUGGAGGAAGCAGGAGUGGUGGAGGAGAAGGAGGAAAGCGAAAAGAGGGAGAUGGGCGAGGAGAUGGAGGAGAAAAGCAGGGUUCAGAGAAAGGGGGAGCAGGAGGAGGAGCAAGAGGCAAGGGGGGAGUCAGGAAGAGAUGGAAUGGAGGGCGGAUUGGAAGGGGAGGAAGAGGAGGCGGCAAGGCGUCGGAGUGAGGAGGAAGAGAACGAGGAGGUGGAGAGGAGAAAGAGGCUGAUUGUUUCUGUGCAAAGAGAAGUGGGGCGGGGCGGGCUGGGGGGGUUGAGAGGCACAGGGGAUGGUGAGGAAGGAGGGGGCUUGAAAAGCGAUGGUGCAGUCGAGGAGGAAGAGAAGGAGGAGGCAGAGAGGGGUGUGCAAGGAGAUGCGGUGCGGGGCGGCCUGGGGGGUUUGAGAAUAGAUGGUGGAGCAGAGGGUGGAAGGGGUUUGACAGGCGACAAGGAGGGCAAAGGGGAAGGGGGUCUGAGAUUAGGGACACUCGAAACGGGCAGGGGUGGAGGGGAGGGUGAGGAGGAGCAAGGGAGAGUGGUGGGGAGAAGAAAGGCCCAAGAAGAGAUGGAGGUGGAAACAAAGCAGAAUGGGGAGAGGGACGAGGAGAGGGGAGAGGAGAGGGAAGGAGGUGGGAGUGAGGCAGCAGAGGGGGAAGGAGAGGAAGCAGCAGGGGAGGUAGCAGGAGAACAGGCUGCAGAAAAAGCAGGAGAAACGGCAGGAGAAACGGCAGAGGAAACGAUAGGGACUCUAGACCUGGGGGGAUCCAGCCUGGAGGUCACCUUUGUGCCACGUGUCACAUCCUCAUUGGCCGCCGCAUCCACCCCUGCGAGGUACCUGACAAACGUGUCGCUAGGUGGGCGACGGUUCAGCCUGUACGCUCACUCCCAUGAGGGGUAUGGGAUGAAUGACGCAUUUGACCGCUCUGUUGCUUACCUGUUGCAUGAGGGGAGGGGGGAGGUGGAAGGUGGAAGAAAUGUGGGGGGCGGAGGAGGUGGAGAGGAGGAUAGGGAGGAGGAUGGGGAGGGGCGUGGCGAGCGAGAUGGGGAGAAGGACGGUGGGGAGGAUGAGGGGGUGCAGAGCGGUGCAGGAGAGCUUGGGGGUGGGGGAGAGAGAGGAGCAGAGAGGUUGUUGGCUGGAAGUGGGAUGGGGUCGGCCAAUGGGGGAAUGACACGUGUCGCUCAUCCGUGCCUCCACGCGGGAUACAAAACGCUCCACACUGUGAGGAGAAAAUGGGCUGCUGCUGACGUGGACAGGGCAGCAGUGGAUGGGCCAGCAGGGGAAUCCACCAAUCAGACCACUCCAGGCAGGCAAAAGAAUCCUGAGGUGGAGGUUUUCGGGCAGCCAGACUGGGCAGAAUGCAUGACCCUCACUCGUUAUGUGGUGGCUUCUGGCAUGAAGAGCACAGCAGCUGCAGCAGCCGGUAUUGCCUCUCGCGACAGGGGAAGUGCAGCAGCAGCAGCAGCAGCAGCAGCAUUAGCGGGCAAUGUGGCAUGUGGGACGGCAAGAGAAGGGGCGGACCCGCCUCCCUGUGCUCUGGGCGUGCACCAGCCUACAUUCAAGGGGCGCUUCUCUGCUCUUGCAGGCUUCUACGUUGUCUCUCUCUUCUUUGGGGUUUUCCAUGAACCGCUGCCCCAGCAGCUGCAGCCGCAGCCGCAGCAGCAGCAGCAGGAGCAGCAAGAACAGGAACAGGAUUCUGAGAUAAAAAAAAACUCUGCUAAACUAGGGUUGGGGCAGACCUUACGGGGUUCUAUGGGCAGGCAAAGAGGUGCCGCCGGGCAGGCCGGGCAGCUGGAUUUUUUCACCGACGGGCAGGCGGCUGAGCCCAUCCCCCGUGGCAACACCUCAGCUGCCCUGGAGGCAAUUUUGGCCCGCGGGCAGGCGUACUGCUUCCGACCUUGGCCCGAAGUCCAGGCAAAGUGGGGCGGCCUAAAAGGUUUCGAGCAGAAUUGUUUCCGGGCAGCUUAUGUGGUGGUGCUGCUGAGGGAGGGGCUGGAAAUAAAGGACGAGCAGGUGGAUCUGGGGGAGGGUGUAUCUGGGCAGGUGUCUUGGACUCUCGGUGCUGCUCUGUAUGAAGGGGUGCCGGCUGUUGCUGCCCUUGCUUCCUCCUCCUCUGUUGCUGCUGCUCGUGCUGGGAUGCAGCAGAAGAAGCGCCUGAAGAGGCAAGCAGGGAGGAAGGGGACGUGGCAAAUGCAAACAGUGAGCUCGACACCACCACCAGCACCACCACCACCAGCAGCAGCAGCAGCAGCAGCAACCGCAGCAGCAGAAGCAGCAGCGGUAGCAGGGGAGGUUGGUGGUGGUGGGGUGGGGGAGGAGAGACCUUAA